AUGCCAUCGAGUCAAGAACAUGAUGAAGAGUUGGACGGCGGGUUUAUUGUAGGGGAUAAGGAAUUUGCUUCAAAUAAAAGAAGAAGAAGUAAGAGAAGUAAGAAUGACACAUCUUAUAAAGAAGAUAGUGAUCUUGAAGAAGCACCAAAAGUUGAAGCUUCUACAUCUACAAAGACAAAAAGAGGAACCACCAGUAAACGUGCUAAGACUUCAAAAACAAAUAAAGGUGGUAGGAAAAAGGCUAAAGUAGAAGAUUCAGACGAUGGCGAUGAUGAAGAUUAUAGUAUUGAUAAUGAUAAAAACACCGAAGAGGAUGAUGACGAUGAUUUGGAAGUCAUAAGUUCUUCCUUCAUAGAUAGAAAUGGAAGUUCAGCCAAUGCAGCUAUUGAAUUGGACGAUGAUGACAUCCCUUUGAAUGAACUUUCACCUGAACCUGAACCGGAAGCAACUAAAAAACCACGAGCCAAAAGAGCUAAAAAGGAAAAGAAACCCAAAGUGAAAGUUCCCUACUUUACUAGAGUUACCAAUAGAUUAUAUGAGAACCACCCGUACUUGAAAGACAUCUUCCCUUACUUAGAAAGUUUGCCGACGAUUAAACCCGAGCGAGCACUCCAACCUCCAGGAAUGACCAUUAAGCUUUUGCCCUUCCAAUUGGAAGGUCUUAAUUGGUUGAAAAAGCAAGAAGACGGUGAAUUUGGUGGGGGGAUUCUUGCAGAUGAAAUGGGAAUGGGUAAAACCAUUCAAACCAUUGCAUUAUUCAUGGAAGAUCGUUCUAAAAAGCCAAAUUUGGUAGUUGGUCCAACUGUAGCGUUAAUGCAAUGGAAGAAUGAAAUUGAAGCCCACACAAAGGGAGGUAUGAAAGUGUUGUUAUUCCAUGGUGCUAAUAGGUCUAGUAAUGUUGAAGAAUUAAGUGAGUAUGAUGUUAUUUUGACUUCUUAUUCAGUCCUUGAGUCAGUUUAUCGUAAAGAGAAAUAUGGAUUCAAAAGAAAGGAUGGUUUGGUGAAGGAGAAAUCUCCACUUCAUAGUAUCAAAUUCUAUAGAGUGAUUUUAGAUGAAGCACAUAAUAUUAAAGAUAGAACUAGUGGAACUGCUAAGGCAGCUAAUAAUUUAUUGACCGAAAAGAGAUGGUGUCUUACCGGUACUCCAUUACAAAAUAGAAUUGGGGAAAUGUAUUCCUUAAUUAGAUUCUUGAAAUUGAACCCAUUCCACCAAUAUUUCUGUACUAAAUGUGAUUGUCAAAGUACUGAAUGGAUGUUUUCUGAUUGGAGACAUUGUGACAUUUGUGGCCAUACUCCUAUGCUUCACACAAAUUUCUUUAACCAUUUUAUGUUGAAAAAUAUCCAGAAGUAUGGGAUUGAAGGUGAUGGAUUACAAAGUUUCCAACAAAUCCAAUUAUUGUUAAGAAAUGUCAUGUUGAGAAGAACGAAAUUAGAAAGAGCUGAUGAUUUGGGAUUACCUCCUAGAAUUGUGGAAAUCAGACAUGACACUUUCAAUAAAGAAGAGAAAGAUUUGUAUGUUUCAUUGUAUAGUGAUUCUAAAAGAAAGUUCAAUGAUUAUGUUGCUGAAGGGGUGGUUUUGAAUAAUUAUGCUAAUAUUUUCACCUUGAUUACUCGUAUGAGACAAUUGGCCGAUCAUCCCGACCUAGUGUUGAAGAAAGUAGGUAACAAUCCAUUAGCAGCUACUACCGGGGUUAUCAUUUGUCAAAUAUGUGAUGAUGAAAGUGAAGAACCAAUCGAAUCUAAAUGUCAUCAUAAAUUCUGUCGUAUGUGUAUACGAGAAUAUUGUGAUUCAUUCAUGGGUGAUGAAAAAGCUCUUGAAUGUCCUGUUUGUCAUAUAGGGUUAUCUAUUGACUUACAACAACCAGCAUUAGAAGUUGAUGAACAAGAAUUUAGCAAAGCUUCUAUCGUCAACAGAAUUCAAAUGGGUACUCAUGGUAAUGAAUGGAAAUCAUCAACUAAAAUUGAAGCUUUGGUAGAAGAAUUAUAUAAAUUGAGAUCAGAUAAACAUACAUUGAAGAGUAUUGUUUUCUCCCAAUUCACAUCAAUGUUGGAUUUAAUCGAAUGGAGAUUGAAAAGAGCAGGUUUCUUAACAGUAAAAUUACAGGGUUCGAUGUCACCACAACAAAGAGAUAAUACCAUUAAAUAUUUUAUGGAGAAUACUCAAGUUGAAGUAUUUUUAGUGUCGUUGAAAGCUGGUGGGGUAGCUUUGAAUUUAUGUGAAGCAUCUCAAGUAUUCUUAAUGGAUCCAUGGUGGAAUCCUAGUGUAGAAUGGCAAUCAAUGGAUAGAGUUCAUAGAAUUGGUCAAAAAAGACCUAUCAAAAUCACCAGAUUUUGUAUCAAAGAUAGUAUAGAAUCUAAAAUUAUUGAGUUGCAAGACAAGAAAGCCAAUAUGAUUCAUGCCACCAUUAAUCAUGAUGAUGCUGCUGUAGCUAGGUUAACCCCUCAAGAUUUACAAUUUUUGUUCCAGAAUUAG